GGUGCUGUCCUUGCUAACCGGUAGAACGACGGUUUUUAUUUUAAACGCAAUUUUGUGUAUUCGUUUGGGGCAGUUGUAGUUAGCGGUAGGUAAUAAAUACACUGGUACUGCUUGAGUUUUAGCCUACUGUAAGCAUAAACUUGAAAAGAUUUAUUUAAAAAAACACGACAGUCUUAGCAGCGAAGUUAGCUAGCAGAACAUGUAGUGUGCUGCCUGACUGGUAGAGAAAGUUUCAGGAGAUGAUGUCAACAACCUCCUUCUACAUGCACAUGAUGAUUCGCUGCUUGAACUGCAGAAAGGUACAUUUGUUGUCAUUUGGCGACUGUUUCUCGUCAAAACGACUUUUAAGUUCAGCUCGUGUUUGUGGGAGCGGUGGACGCACGAUGCUGAGGUCCACGCUGCCUCUUGGACGUUGCAGCAGGAGCUACAGUGAUGUUUGCACGUUAAACCAAAUGCUGUUUGCGUUCACACGUCCACUCUGGAGACCUCAUUGUAACGUGCUCAGAAGGGAGACCCUGCUACAAGGAGGUGCUACCUCAUCUGCAGUCGCCCUGUCGACAGUGCCUUUGAGCCGACAGAAAGUGACAGACACCCCCCUUUCCAGUGCAACUCAGACUUUUGUUGUGAUGAAGUUUGACCAAGAGGGAAAUGUGACAUCGUUUGAGAAGAAGAAAACCGAGCUGUACCAGGAGCUUAGUCUGCAGGCCAGAGAUCUUCGCUUUCAGCACAGUACCAGCCUCACUGCGAGACACAACUGCAUUGUCAUACGAAUGGAGACACUGAAAGCCAUAGUAACCCCGGAGAGUCUUUUGGUGUUGGAUUUUCGUGGUCUGGGAUUGGAGCGUUGGUUGGUCUUGGAGCUCGCCCCACAGCUAGCAUCACCGACACACACUUUGCCCUUUGAGUUCAGAGCACUGGAGGCCAUUCUACAAUACAGGGUGAACACUCUUCAAAGACAGCUGAAUGAAGUCCAUCCAGUAAUACUAGACACAUUGGAGUCCUUAGUGGAUCCUAAAAUCCUUUCUGCUGAUAGAAGUAAACUACAUGUACUACUACAAAACAGCAAGAGUUUGUCAGAGCUGGAAACAGACAUCAAGGUUUUUAAGGAUUCCUUGCUAAAAAUUCUAGAUGAGGAUGAGAUUAUUGAAGAACUUUGCCUGACCAAGUGGAUGGAUCCCAGAGUUUUUGAGGAAAGCGGUCUGGGUAUUGACCACGCUGAGGAGAUGGAACUGCUACUGGAGAAUUACUAUAUGCAGGCUGAAGAGUUGGCGAACAUGACCAGAGAGCUGAAGGGACUGAUAGAUGAUGCUGAAAGUGUCAUCUUUAUCAAUCUGGACAGGUACCUUCAUACACACACGUAUAUUACUAGGCUUUGAAAAAGCCUAGGUAUGUAAACCUGUAAAAAGCAGGGAGUGAAUACAAUAGACGGACAGCAGUUGCAGCUGCUGACCAAAGCUUUUGGUAAGACAACCAUGCAUGCAAGUGGAACUCCAAGAAUUACAUUGGGAGACCCUGUGCAAUUGCAUAUUCAGCGUACAGAGUGGGGUGGCCCGACUGGUUCUGCAUUUUGUGACAGUCAUUGAGGUCUAGAUAUUGCAUAACUUGAUACUUGAUAACUUGUACAAGUGAACCAUUAUUUCAUGGACAGAACUGUCUUUCAGGUGAUGGUCUACAGUUACAUUGAUAUGUCUGCAACUGAAGCAGUUGAGUAGCACUGAUUCACACAUUGUAAUUGUAAGGAUCUGAUUUUAGAAAAGCAGCUCUGCCUGUAGCAGGAUAAUGACUACAUUUCUGUCUUUCAGGAAGAAGAAGAAAAAGAUUAUUGUGAGGGGGAGUUUUGGGGUGUGUGUGUGUGUGUGUGGAGAAGGUGAAAUAUUUGUGAACCAUUGGUUCACCUGUAGUCCUACAGAAGCUCCACUGAGAAGUAGAUGGAUGAGUCCAACACAUCCAGUUUAACACAAUAUCUCACAACAAAGAAUUAUAUCAAUUGUCAACUCAAAAACACUUGAGGCUUUUUUA